AUGAACUUCGGAAGCAAACCAAACACGACAAACACCGGACCGGUUAUUCGCAAGACAACUGUAAAGAUCCCUAUCCCUCAGGCAGUCAGGCCUGCGCAAACAAACAGCAGUGCAGCAGGGAGAGCGCCCGUCCGCCCAUACAACCCCGAUCGCUUUAAGCCCUCCAAUACACCAAUCUCGAAGAAAGCCCCGAAUCCCGCCAAACGUGCUGUGUCCACAGCCAGAGGUGUGAAGCGCAAAAGCGUGACACCGCAACCAGCAUGGAGUAGCGAUGAAGACGACGACAGCAGCGAUGUUGGGGCAAGUGACUCGGAUGCCUCACGAAAGCGCAUUAAGAGCAGUGUCAGCUCCAUUGAAAGUCCCGGUCCAACGCGGCCACUUCUUUCCGAGACAGCUUUCGCUCAAGAUACUGUUUUCAAGAUCAUACACGGCGCAGAUGCCACGUCUGGAGAAUUCACAUCCAAGUUUAAGAAUCCUUGGAACGAUGAUGAAUUCAGCACCUGCGAGCUGCAAUAUCCAAGUCGAGGACAAAGGGAGAGAUUCCAGCUGAAAUGGCCAAAGAACGAGGCAGAUGAUUACAAGCCCAUGGAGGAUAUAAUUGAGACGAUUCAUACGAUUUGCGACAGCUACCUGCCCGAUGAUCUGGCUACACAGUACACGAGUGAAGAGACUGGUUUCAGAAGGCGUUUCAACCUUGCAUGGAAGCGACAGGACGUGGAAGAGUUUAUUGAGGUGGUGCAUGACUUUAACGCGAUGCUGAAGAAACUGGUCAAUGACGGUACAGUUCAAACAGUGCUCCGCGGUAAAAGCCAUAUGCCACUCGAUUGGGCUCGGCGCGUUCUCGAACAAAUCUACUCAAGGACGGUAUCCCCGAAGGUCGAAACUUUGAGACGAUACGAAAACGGCAGCGACGAUGUGUAUGGCGAGCUCCUUCCCCGGUUCGCGAGCGAUAUCUUCAAAAAGACGAAGCUCAACCACGACAUGACCUUCCUUGACUUAGGCUCUGGCGUCGGCAACGUGGUCUUGCAGGCGGCACUCGAGAUCGGAUGCGACAGCUGGGGCAUUGAAAAGAUGCCCAACCCCUGCGAUCUCGCAGAGCUGCAAGAGAAGGAGUUUCCCGAGCGCGCCAAGCUAUGGGGUCUGGACGUCGGCAAAGCCAGGUGUAUUCGAGGUGACUUUACGAACAACAAGGAAGUUGGCGAGGUCCUGAGGCGCGCCGACGUGGUUCUCGUUAACAACCAGGCGUUUACUCCGGCACUAAAUGACGCUCUUUUACACAUGUUCCUCGACUUGAAGGAAGGCUGUCAGGUCGUCAGUCUGAAGCCGUUUGUUCCGGAAGGCCAUAAGAUGUCCACCCGGAACUAUUCCUCAAUGGUCAAUCACUUUGUACAGCAAAAAUUUGAAUACUUCUCCGACAGUGUCAGCUGGGGUGCAGAUUGGGGCAAUUGGUUUAUUGCCAGGAAGGACCGGGAACCGUUGCGGCGCUUCAUGAAAUUGAAUGGACUUCGCUAGGUGAUGAAGGUCGCUGAGGUUUCGUUUCGCAUCUUCAUUUUAAACGGCAGUGGCGGAGUUUGCUGACCGUGACCGGCUUGGAGAUGAUACCCCAAAGAGCAUUUGUAGCACUAAGCAUUCUGAAUUUAACGACCGGCUGUGACUCCAC